GCCAAUGGCUACUUGGGGUUGGAAAUUGACCGCCAACAAGCAACAGCUUCUGUUCUUUUCCGCUUCACCUACCCCGCCAUUUCCCACAAUAAAAGAAUUCCCAAAAAGGCUUCUUCUUUCAGUCUCAAUAUGACCAGAACAAGAAGCAAGAAUGGGACUUUUACUACACAUUUAGCAGCAGCAGCAAUUUCUUCAAGCUCCAAACCUGCAAAAAUGGCGAGAAGUGGAAGACGAACCAAAACUACUCUACUAUUCUUACUCCUUCUAGCUCUCGCUGCCUUCUGCGCCUUCGUCCCCGCCCUCUCCAUUCUUCUCCCUUCUUUUCCCCACGGCAACAAUCGCAGCUCUUCCCGUCGCCAAUUGGUUGAUGCUCGAACGUUUGAGAUUGCUGAAGACAUGUUCUGGAAAGAUGGCCAUCCUUUUCGGAUUAUCGGGGGCGAUUUGCAUUACUUCCGCACAGUUCCUGAGUAUUGGGAAGAUAGACUGCUCAAGGUGAAGGCAUUGGGAUUGAACACGAUUCAAACGUACGUUCCGUGGAAUCUUCAUGAACCGCAACCUGGGAAGCUCAGUUUUGAAGGCAUAGCUGAUCUUGUGUCGUUCCUGAAGUUGUGUCAGAAGUUGGAUUUACUUGUUCUGCUUCGAGCCGGUCCUUAUAUAUGUGGAGAAUGGGAUUUGGGGGGAUUCCCUGCUUGGUUACUAGCCACUGAACCACCUCUCAAGCUGAGAUCAUCGGACCCUGCUUAUCUCCGAUUGGUUGAUAAAUGGUGGGGAACCCUGCUUCCUAAGGUAGCACCCUUACUUUACAAUAAUGGUGGUCCGAUUAUUAUGGUUCAGAUAGAAAACGAAUUCGGUUCUUAUGGGGAUGACCAAAAUUAUCUGCAUCACUUAGUACAAUUGGCCCGAAGACAUCUUGGAGACAGCAUAAUCUUGUAUACCACUGAUGGAGGUGCUAGGGAAAACCUUCAGAAAGGAACCAUUCGUGGAGGUGCUGUUUUCUCAGCUGUUGACUUCACCACUGGUGAUGAUCCUUGGCCUAUAUUCAAAUUGCAGAAAGAGUUUAACGAACCAGGAAAAUCACCACCACUCUCCACGGAGUUCUAUACUGGCUGGCUAACACAUUGGGGUGAAAAGAUUGCAACAACUGAUGCGGACUCUACUGCAUCAGCUCUGGAAAAGAUACUAUCACGUAAUGGUUCUGCUGUACUCUACAUGGCACAUGGUGGAACAAACUUUGGAUUUUACAGUGGAGCAAAUACUGGUACGGAUGAGUCCGAUUACAAGCCAGACCUCACUUCCUAUGAUUAUGAUGCGCCAAUCAGUGAAUCUGGAGAUGUUGACGGCGCUAAGUUUACUGCUUUGAGGAAGGUCAUAAGCCUUCACAGUGCAACAUCUCUUCCCCAAGUUCCUGCCAAUAUUCGAAAAAUAGGAUAUGGACCUAUUAACUUGCACAAAACCAGCUCACUGUUUGACUUACUCGAUCUAGAAAAAUCUAUUGAAGCAGUUGAAUCAGUAGACCCACUCCCCAUGGAGUCACUGGGACAGAUGUUUGGUUUCGUGGUAUACAUCUCUAGCUAUUCUUCCAAGGUCAAAGGGAACUCCUUGUACAUACCAGAGGUUCAUGACAGAGCUCAGGUGUUUACAUCUUGUGCUACUGGAAAUAACAAAGGGCGCCCGACAUAUAUUGGUGCUGUUGAAAGGUGGUCAAAUAAACAACUUGGCCUUCCGAAUGCAAAAUGCACUUCCAAUACCAGCUUAUUUAUUUUGGUCGAAAAUAUGGGCCGUGUAAACUAUGGACAAUACACCUUUGACAGAAAGGGAAUUCUUUCUUCUGUAUAUAUAGAUGGAAAGGCUUUGCAUGGAUGGAGAAUGAUAUCAGUACCUCUGCAUAACCUGAAUGAAGAGCCGAAAAUAAACCUGAAUGAAAUGCUGAAAGUUAAUCCCAUUUCCCGGGUCUCACAGGCUAGUGCACUCACAGUAUCCACAGGAAAAAAGGCGAAACAUACGUCAAGAGUUAUCUCAGUCGAACCGACCUUCUAUGCUGGCAGUUUCUCUGUUGAUAAAGCUAACCCAAUCUCAGAUACAUACAUAUCAUUCAGAGGCUGGGGGAAAGGAGUUGCCUUUGUUAAUGACUUCAAUAUUGGAAGAUACUGGCCGUCUUUUGGACCACAAUGCAAUCUCUAUGUCCCUGCUCCAGUACUUAAGCACGGGGAGAACGUUCUGGUGAUACUAGAGCUUGAAUCUCCUAGCCCUGAACUUUUGAUACACUCAGUUGAUAAUCAAGACUUUACCUGUGGUUCAAGGAAACCAAACUUGCAGAGAUUGGACGUACUUUAACUCCCUUGUAAACUGAACCGAUGAUCAAAUGGUGAUCUCACCCUAAUCAACCGAACUAAGACUAUCGCCAUGCAUGCAAUUUCAGUAGCUGGGAUCAAAUAUCCAGAGUUGAAGAUGAGUACAAUGCGUGGCAAGAAGACAGGUCUUGGUUUAAAAACCAGUGUUUAUACUUUGUAGUAACUUGUAAAGGUUGGAGUUCAGUUCCCAGUUUCCAAGGCAAGCUUUUGCUGGCCAGUUAUUCAAAUCUUUUCUUUAACCAUGAGGGCAAUGUAUCAUAAAGGCAACAAGAUCUUUGGCCAAACUUUCAUAAACAAAAUCACAUCUCUGCUGAAAUCAAAGCAUUCAGGCAUA